AUGUUAAUCUUCCCGCGUGAGGGUGAUCAGCGUUCUCGUUCACGAAGCCAACCGAGUUGCUCAUGGGAAGGAGCAUGUGAGGGAGAAGGACCAAACUUCGUCUCUUCGAACGGAGCCCUGGCUUUCUUUUUGAUACUAUGUAACACCUCCUCAUCAACAUACGUUUCCCGAAUAACCAUUCAUUUCAUGAAAAACCUGCGCUUGUUAGCAGCUGAAUCACUCUCUCCUCUCGUAGUGGUCCUUUUCUCAUCCUUAUCGUACGGGACUAAAGCAAGUUGGCUAAGUCGCAUCUUCUGCUUUCUUUGCAUUUUGCAUUUGUCUUUCAAAAACCCCGUUCUUGCUGUUCUUUCAUCAGCAAACUACUGGUGGUCUUUUCUUCAACUAUAA